CGUAUACGAUAUUAGUCAAGAAUACGACCCUUAGAAAGUACUGGAAGAAUUCGAACCAAACCAACGAAAUAAAAAUACAACACAAGAAAGAAUAAAGGAAUUCAACCUAACCUAGCGGAACAAAGAAAAGAGAGACGGAAAUCGAGAGGAAGGAGAAUCUGGAGAAAGAGAGAGAGAUAGAGAGAGAGAGAGAGCGGAAGGAAAUUUUGCGCAACUUUAGCAGCGCGCAAAUGGAGAGAGGGGGGAGACAAAAGUCAAUCGCCCACGCAAGCACCCAGCAAUCGCUACGUCGCUGGUUACCGCGGAUGUGCGUGCAUUGUGCUGCAUACACGGGCGAACGUCGUGCGGAGAAUGACAUUUAAAAUUCGAUACUGAGGACGACGCGACGACGACGAGGAUCAAGGGCGCGGGAAGGGCGCACACGGUGACGCGGGCGCAUUGCCAUAUAACGUGACAGCAUCGUCACAUGGAGCAUCAUUGUCGUUGAGCCGGCCCCAACGAAACUGCGUGCACCAUGAACGUCGACAACGAUCUGGACCAUCACUUGCUGCAUCAGUUCAGUUGUCUGGGCACCACGGACAAAGACGACCUGGUGAAGCAGCUGGUGAAGCUGCUAGCCGGCAGCCACCUGAACGAGGCGUCCGCCGCGUUCUUCCUAGAGAUGAACAAUUGGAAUCUGCAAGCAGCGAUUUGCAGCUAUAUUGACUUUCAGUCACCUCACAAAGUUCCCUGUAUGACUCUGAUAUGUGACAGCACCAUUGGUGAGGGGGAGUCUGUACCACCUAGUACAAACUUCCAAAAGUCAUGGCGUGUACAAAACAGUGGCACGGAAGCUUGGCCACAUGGGAUUCACCUGGAGCUAAUUAGUGGAGAAAGGAUGGGUACCACGCGUAUAGCAGUACCACCAAUAGGCCCUAAAGAGACCACAGAAUUGAGCGUAACAUUGUCAAGUCCAAGUGAACCUGGUGUCUAUGAAAGUAAAUGGAGAAUGGUAACAGCCAAUGGUCUCUAUUUUGGUGAAGUUAUCUGGGGGAUCAUAACAGUGAAUGAAUGUGGCACUAUGGCGCUUACUCAGCAGCUGCAUCAGUUAAGUACUUCGCAGUCAAAUGAUGUACAAAUGUGCUAGCCUUCAACGUACAAAAGCCUCUUCUAAGAGGGAAUGAUUUACGAAAUAUUCUAAGGUCCCUU